AUGAGUUUCCUCAAUCUAAACCUACCCGAAAACGAUAUCUCCUCUUCUUCAUCUUCUUCAUCCAUUCUAAACACCUCUCACCAGCGAGUUUUCGCCUGCCAUUACUGCAGAAGAAAAUUCUACAGCUCACAAGCCCUUGGAGGCCACCAAAAUGCUCAUAGAAUCGAAAGGAACUUAGCAAAGAAGAGUCGUACUGAAUUAACCUCAGCUGUAAUACCUCGUGCUGGGUACACCCAGCCCACAUCAAGGUCUGGUUCUAGUGUCCUAAACAGUAGGGAUGUCCAGCCACCAGUCAUGAUGGGGCUCAACCAUCAAGCAGAAAAUGUUGGAUGGUUCAGUGCUAGUGAAAUGGGUAGAGGAGUUGACUAUAGUUACAAAAGUGAAAGUGUUGAAGAAGACUUUAAUCAGCUCGACUUGUCUCUCAGACUUUGA